AUGUGCACCACCAAUUGCUAUACAUACGUUUACCCAGACGGCCACAGGGAGACUAUAAAGCAGCCCUCGCUCUGCCCCUCGUCCCGCCAUGGCCAGCCGUGCUCCCAGAACAUUGUUUUCAAGCACGACGCACAGUCCGUUUCAUAUGGUCACCCAGUUGCUCCUCCCUUUGUGAGCCCAGCUACCUACGCACCUCAAUACUAUAGCAACUAUCCACCGACUCCUACUUAUUCUCCUCGCGCUUCCACUCCCACAUACCGCUCCGGUGACGAGUCGGACCGAUCAUACCACAGCGCAAGCCGCAGUAGGCGGAGAAGCGUCUACACGAGCCCGAGAAUGGAAUCCAGCUCUAGACGCUAUGAACAGAACGGACGAACCGUACUUGUUCACAACCCGCCAACCCCGUCAACACCGCCUCCAGCAUUUACAUUUCCUCGGACUGCACCUUCGUCUCCGAGCUUUGCAAACGCCGCGCCGUACAUUGUAGACACAUCCCCUCGCGGAGCUUCGUCCAGACGACCAAUGAUCGUGGACGAGCGGCCACGCCAUGGCCAGGAUGCUGCGCGGAUUCACAUUGAAUUCCAUGACGGCGGACGAAAGAAGAAACACCGUCGUCAGACUCCUUCCACCAGCUCAUACGACAGCCGACACUCGUAUACCAGCGCCUCGGAGAAUGACGAGGUGCGCCGGCGUCGACAUGAGGACGAGGCGGCUCGCAGUGAGACGCGCCGGAUGACACAAGAAGAGGAAAUUCGCCAGCAGAGGCUUCGUGCUCGCAUUGCCAAAGCCAACGCGGAAAUUGCCCGCCGGGAGGCAGUUCCUCUGCCCCCUACUCUGAAGCGAUCAUCCACGGCCGCCAAGGCCACCCACCACUUGGGGGACCGAGAGAAGGAACUGAUUGAGAGGAUUCAGACUCUUGAAAUUAAGGAGCAGGCCCGACAGGACCGAGGUCGCUCUUCCAAGCGUGAUGAUGAUGCCCAGAAGGAGAGGCUGAUGGAGCGAAUGUUGCCGCGACGCCGGGCUACAGUCGGGCCCGGGAGCCGGCGACCUCGCGUUGAAUACACAGAUGGAGUAUACCGAUGGGAGUGA